CCAAAGGUAUGUUAACAUAUUUGAGGACAUAAAGUAAAAAUGACAAUUCAAGAAGACAGGACUGAGCAGAGGAAAGAUCUAAUUUGACCUUGGAAUGGUAAUGUCAGCAAUGAGUGCAUGGCUAAGGUGUCCAGAGCAAUAAGGAGGAGACAGCAGUCAUGCAACAAUAUGGGUGUAAAUUGUUUUGAAAUAUCAGAAGAGAAGAGUUAAGACCAAGACAAAAAUUUAAGCUAAUCUGUACAAGUCUAUUAAAAUUUGCUUGAGGUCAUUACACGAGCUAGGAGACAUCAUCACAACAAAGAUGAGGCGUAACUGGAACUACAAUGAACAGAGAACUUUCUGGAGUACUCCCCAAAAUGAUGAACUAAACAAGCAAAACGAGGCCAAGCAUUUAAGCAGGGAUCGUGUGCUGCUGGAGUAUGUAGAUGAGGAGCACGUUUGGGAAAUAAAGAGACACCAGCGACAAGUGCAGAAGGAGGAGAAGGAGAGGGAAAGGGUCAGUACUUUGCUGAAGGCGGAGGACGAGAAAAGGGUCGAGCGAACCUAUGAGUGGAAGAAGAGAAAGAGGCCGAGAAACUCAACUGCUUUGAGAUUGAAAAGCAAGGGAGGGAGAAAACCAGGCAAAAGAUCUGUGAGAACACACUGGAGCUUUGGCAGCUGUAUUCAAAACUGCAGGCAGUGUACACCAACAAAGGCAUAGUUAUACAAAUGGCUGAGAACGAGGCCAUGAGGUGCCAGAAGAAGUGUGAUAUGGCUGCACUUGGAAUGGAAAUGAAGCGGGAACAAGAGAAGAGAGACACAGAGGACAAGGAGGCAAGGCAUUGCAUAGGCAGUUCCAGGAGAAGGAGCACAGGAAAGAGCAAGCCUAUCAGGAGUUCCUCAAAGACAAACAACCGGUGGAUGAAAUAGUACAGAAGAUCUACGAGGACCUGCAGAUGGAAAGACAGCAGCAAAUGGAAAAAGUCAAAGAAGCUCAGGAGGAUAUCAAGGAAUAUGCAAGAAGACAGGAAGAGUGGAUACGUUUGGAGAAAGAGAGGAUGGAAGCUGAGAACAGGCGCAUCAUGGAGUUUAUGAGGCAGCUCAUGGAGAAGAAUAGAGCAGCAAUGCUCAAAGAGAAGGAUCAAGCCAGAGGCUACCUUUCCCUGUUCUGCAAACAGAUGGAACAGGAUAUGCAGCAGCGUGAGGAGAUCAGAUUGCUGACAAAGAGGCCAGGAGGAGGCCUUCAGACAAAAGAUGUUGGACAAGUUUGCUGAGGAUGACAGGAUUGAGCUGUCCAAUAAACACCAGUAUUGGACAGCUCAAUGUCCAAUAAACAGUAUAAAUAAAUAAAUUGUUUAUUGGACAGGAUUGAGCUAUCCAAUAAACACCAAUAAACAACUGGUGCAACUGAUGCCUGUUGCUGGUGCAACAGGUGGUAACAGUCACAUUGGUAUAGUCCCACAGACUUUGGUGAUGACACUCCGUUUGGAGAGUGGGUUCUUUUGCUCAGUAAUAUUCAAGGACAAGAGAUCAAAAACAUGAAUCUUUCGAAAAAAUACAAAAGCAUGACGAGUAAUGUUGGUGAAAGAGAAAACAUGCUUGACAUGUGUCAUAUUAUGAAGACACAUAUUGUUUUCUUUGUUGUUUUGUGUCAAUGUUGUUUUGUUUUUGUUUUUGUUUUGUUUGUUUGUUUCUUUUUGUUUUUACCUAAUUAUCAAGCAGUGCACUUCUGCGGUCACACCCUGCAGUGCUGUUUAUUCAACGGUAGAUGACAAUGUGGCACUCCCCCGACUGAAAGAGUUGCAGGAAGUUGCGUAUGAAGAUUAGCUGCUCGCUACCAUGGCGCCUCUAGACCUGGAUAAAUAUGCUGAGAUCGCUAAACAUUGUAAAUACCUGCCAGAGAACGACCUCAAGCGGUUAUGUGACUAUGUGUGUGAUCUCCUGCUGGAAGAGUCCAAUGUUCAGCCUGUCUCCACUCCUGUGACAGUAUGUGGAGAUAUACAUGGCCAGUUUUAUGAUCUAUGUGAGCUUUUCCGGACGGGGGGCCAGGUUCCAGACACAAAUUACAUUUUUAUGGGUGAUUUUGUAGACCGGGGUUACUAUAGUCUGGAGACGUUCACUUACCUGUUGGUGUUAAAAGCCAAAUGGCCUGACCGCAUAACUCUCCUACGUGGAAAUCACGAAAGCCGACAGAUAACUCAAGUUUACGGCUUUUAUGAUGAGUGUCAGACAAAGUAUGGAAAUGCAAAUGCAUGGCGUUACUGCACCAAAGUGUUUGAUAUGUUAACAGUUGCAGCUUUAAUGGAUGAACAGAUCUUGUGUGUGCAUGGAGGCCUGUCUCCAGACAUUAAAACUUUGGAUCAAAUUCGGACCAUUGAACGGAACCAGGAGAUCCCACACAAAGGAGCAUUUUGUGAUUUGGUGUGGUCAGAUCCAGAAGAUGUUGAUACUUGGGCCAUCAGUCCCAGAGGAGCUGGAUGGCUGUUUGGUGCAAAGGUCACAAAUGAGUUUGUUCACAUCAACAACCUGAAACUGAUCUGUCGAGCGCAUCAGCUCGUCCAUGAAGGCUACAAGUUCAUGUUUGAUGAGAAGCUGGUGACAGUGUGGUCGGCUCCCAACUACUGCUACCGCUGUGGAAAUAUUGCCUCCAUUAUGGUCUUCAAAGAUGCAAACACACGAGAGCCAAAGCUCUUCAGAGCGGUGCCCGACUCUGAAAGGGUCAUCCCGCCCCGUACGACAACACCAUAUUUCCUGUAAAAAUACAUUCAAACCAAACACAACACAGCCACUCUUUUCAUAGUGACAAGAUGAUGGCAGCAGCACUUGUCAUCAAGUAUGAAUCGUGUAUAAUGCAUUUAGAGCUUAUAUGGUGCACAUAAUUGAUGCCAGUUGUCAACUGUUUUUAUUGCAUACAAAUGGCAAACUGUGAAUAAGAAAUAGACACAGCCCUGUAGUUACAAAAGAAACAAGAAAAGGCAUGUUCACAUAUCAUGUUUUUAUUAUGAUAAAGACUUACUGGCUCGCUUCCUUUGAAAGAAACUUCAGUGUCCACUUUGCCAAAAUGCUCAAAAGUGCCUGGACUUUCUCAUUGAAGUCUCUGUCAGACAAUAUUGGAGUCUAUGGUUUGAAGCAACUGCAGCAAUUAAAAAAAAAAACAAUUAGCAAACGUGGGUUCAACCAACUACUGUAGAUACAUAGUGAAAACACCACCACUACAGUACCUGUCCAACUCCCCUUACUACUACCUCUUAUGCAACAAAUCUUUUUGGGGCUGAAAACAGUCCCAGUUCUUCCAUUUCAAUGCUGAUCCUGCGGCAGAAAAGCGCAUAGUUCCAAGUACUGUCACUGGGUCCUGGUACUAGUAUCUGUGCUGGAAUGUCGCCUGUGAAGUGUUCCUUUUACAACAAGCAAAGCUGCCCAUCAUAUCUUAUUGGCUUCACUUUCAGGAAUGGAGGGCUCUGUCUGGUUCUUAUACACAGUCUACAAUAUAAACCCAUCUCUGCUCAGCUUGACCUACACCGAGGUGUCACAGUGUCCUGAGCUGGUUCAGUAGGACAAAGUUGAGCAUUGCCCAAAGUCAAUUGCCACAUCUAAUUUGAUCAGAUUUACAAAAUCCCAAUUAUUACUUAAUAAAUGAGUAACAACAAAACUCCCUGCUGAGCAAAUGUCAGAUGCAGUUGAUUUUGUCUGUGUAAUGAGUUUGUGUGUGAGAUAAUGUAGCACUGCAAAGAGGCAUAGAGUGAUGGGUCCUUCUGAAGUGAUACACUGGGUGGUGGUGGUGUGUGAUCUCCACACUUAACAUGCAAACCUGAGAGAUAUGUCAAAAUUGAGCUACAGCUGUUCGAAUUUUCAGGAUUUGUUAAAUCCAUGGUUAAAAAAGAGGGAGGGGGCUCUCUGACCUGUAUGUACUCUCCGCUCUUGUAAUUAUAUUUCUGUGUGUCACUGUUUUUAAGUAAAGAAAUUAAAAUGUUAACAGUA